GAGAGGCAGUAAAUUAGAAGCUACAGAAAUGUUGCUCUGAUAACUUGAUAAUGUACACACAGUAUAAUCAUGUAAUUGUAAUUGUGGGAGGGCACUUAUAUGCAAGAUCAGCACAUAGGCCUGGGUGUAGGAUUAUUUUAGGAAAGAGAUGAAAAGCACAAACUCAUAAUCCGAUUUAAAAAUGUUUUUUGUCACAAGGUAUCGUGCUAGUGUACAGUAAAGCAUAUUUAUAAACAUCGAAGCCCCCACACUUUGUAUUUACAUUGAUCUUUAGCUAUAAGGGCGCUUAUACUCAAACAGGCACAUGUACCCAAGUAUUAGGCUAUGCAACUAUUUGCAGGAUUAUAUGGUACUGUUAAUAAUAUAUUUAAAUUAAUAUUAACCACUUAUUACAUUAACACAUUUUCAAAUGGGUAACAACUUUUUGAACCCCAAAGUUGCACUGAUGUACAUCUGUGGAUACAUUUUUGUAAAUGUUAACUUUUUCUCACAAUAGAUCACGGAACCAAAGUAAAACUUUGCCUCCAGACAUACACCAGUCUCACUGCAUAUGUUCACAGCAUUAUCACUCUUUUAGACCAUAUACAUGUAUUUCUCUUUUCUACCCUACCAGGACAACAGACCAUCAGAAAUUAAAUGACUUUGAUGCAUUAUCCAUGCAGAAUUAACAAAUGCACAUUACUUUAUCCUCCCUAAAUAAACCUACCUGUUUUCUUUUUUCACAUUCCUCUUUUGUUUUUAUCACUUUGGAAAUUCCCUCAUCCUCAGUACCGUUUUUAUGGUGAUCAUUGACAUUAUAUGGGAAAUAUUGUGUAGUUCUUUUAAUUAGUAAGCAAGCAGAAUAUGUAUGUGAAGUGAUCUAUGAAUUACAGGUAAUGUCAACAUGGGUUUUGUGCUCUUUGACGGGACAAAAUGUUCUUUGAUGGCCCUUUUACAAGUUCCUCUGUACUUUGAUGGUAAUAUUUUAAGUGUCGAUUUUGAAAAAAAAAUCUUCCUGUUAAAAACAUAAUAAAUAUAAAAAUCAUUGAAGUUCUCAGAAUUGAAUAACAUUAGUUGUCUGUCAGUAAGGAAAUAAAAAAAACAAAAUACAAUCAGAGGUAAACUAUAACAUCUUCAAGGUGGGUGUGAUUUUUAUUCACUUGGUAGCCAUCAUCUGCAAUUGUGUAGUUUUGUCAAGACUGCUGAAUCUCCUGUUUGUUCCUUGUAUGUGCAUUUCACAAUAUCUGUGUUGGGAAUUAUUACCAGCAUUUCAGCGUGUUAAUAAUUACAGCUAGAAGGAGAGCUGGCCUCAAAGUUCACACUAGUAGUGUUUUGGCAGGGCUCAUUCACACAUAGCUAUCAUGAGCGUAGGAACAGAAGCCACCCUGGGCACCUCCGCCCCUGAUUCGGAGAAGAUUUUUGCCUUGGAGAUUCCUGACAUCGUUGUUAUUGUCAUAUAUUUUGUUUUUGUGAUCGUGGUGGGAAUUUGGUCUUCCAUUAGAGCAAGUCGUGGGACGGUGGGAGGCUACUUCUUGGCUGGAAGAUCUAUGACAUGGUGGCCUAUCGGCGCAUCUCUGAUGUCCAGCAAUGUGGGCAGUGGUCUGUUCAUCGGUCUGGCGGGGACCGGAGCGGCUGGGGGGAUAGCUGUCGGAGGCUUCGAGUGGAACGCUGCCUGGGUCCUCAUUGCACUGGGCUGGGUUUUCGUGCCAGUCUAUAUUGCAGCCGGGGUGGUCACUAUGCCUGAGUACUUAAAGAAACGAUUUGGAGGACAAAGGAUCCGCAUCUACAUGUCUGUGCUGUCUCUGAUCCUGUACAUAUUCACAAAGAUAUCAACAGACAUCUUCUCUGGAGGUCUCUUCAUCCAAGUGUCCCUGGGCUGGGACCUCUACAUCUCCACUGUGGUGCUCUUAGUGGUGACUGCUGUCUACACCAUUGCUGGAGGCCUGACUGCUGUCAUUUACACAGAUGCCCUGCAGACAGUCAUCAUGCUGGUGGGAGCCUUUGCCCUCAUGUUUAUAAGCUUUGAGAAAGUGGGCUGGUACGAGGGACUCCUUCUGAAGUACAAUGAAGCUGUGCCGACUCUCACUGUGCCCAACACCACCUGUCACCUGCCCCGAGCAGAUGCCUACCACAUGUUCCGAGACCCGGUCUCAGGAGACUUGCCCUGGCCUGGCCUCAUAUUCGGACUCACUGUCCUGGCUACCUGGAACUGGUGCACGGACCAGGUGAUAGUACAGAGGUCCCUUUCUGCCAAGAACCUGUCCCAUGCAAAGGGUGGCUCGGUGUUGUGUGGCUACCUCAAGAUGCUGCCCAUGUUCCUCAUUGUGAUGCCAGGCAUGAUCAGCCGGGCGCUUUACCCAGACGAUGUGGCCUGCGUAGUUCCCUCGGAGUGUGAGCGGAUUUGCGGAGUGAAGGUGGGCUGUUCAAAUAUAGCCUACCCCAAACUAGUAGUGGAGCUGAUGCCAGUCGGUCUGCGUGGUUUGAUGAUCGCUGUGAUGAUGGCAGCCCUCAUGUCUUCCCUCACCUCCAUCUUCAACAGCAGCAGCACACUCUUCACAAUGGAUAUUUGGAAGAGAAUCCGCAGUAAUGCCUCAGAGAGAGAACUCAUGGUCGUAGGCAGAGUGUUCGUCGUUAUUCUGGUAGUUGUGAGUAUUCUGUGGAUCCCCAUCAUCCAGUCAGCUAAUAGUGGGCAGCUUUUCGACUAUAUUCAGGCCAUCACCAGCUACCUGUCCCCACCCAUCGCUGCUCUGUUCAUCAUGGCGGUGUUCUGGAAGAGGGUCAACGAGUCGGGGGCAUUCUGGGGCCUGAUGAUUGGCUUGAUGAUUGGGUUCAUCAGGAUGAUCAUGGAGUUUGUGUACACAGUGCCUUCUUGUGGUGAGGUAGAUAACAGGCCUGCGCUGGUGAAGGACGUGCAUUAUCUGUACUUCGCCAUGAUCCUGCUCACUGUGACUGCUGGGGUCAUCACUGUGGUCAGCCUGUGCACUCCAGCUAUUCCAGACCAACAUCUUGUUCGAAUGACCUGGUGGACAAGACACAGCAAAGCCCUCCUUGUGGAGAAUGAUGACCCCUGGUCUCGAACCGCAGCAGUUACCUCUGACCCUGCCCAAACGAACGGAGAGAAACCUGCUGGCCUAGAGAAUGAGGAGCCACAGCUGACAGCAGAGCCCCCGGCCUGGAAGAAGCUGGGGCUCUGGUUGUGUGGCCUGUCCAACAGCCCCCAGCCGGAGAUGAGUGUGGAAGAGAGAGCGGAGCAGGAGAAGAAGCUCACCUGCAUUGAGGAGCAACCGUUCUGGAGAAACUUCUGCAACAUCAACGCUCUCCUGCUGCUCACUGUGAAUGUGUUCCUCUGGGGCUACUUCUCAUGAGCAUCACUGUAGAGGUGUAGAUACUGUAUAUACACACAUCCCUGCAGAAAGAGGUGUAGAUACUAUAUAUACACACACAUCCCUGCAGAGAGGUGUAGAUACUGUAUAUACACACACAUCCCUGCAGAGAGGUGUAGAUACUGUAUAUACACACACAUCCCUGCAGAGAGAGGUGUAGAUACUGUAUAUACACACACAUCCCUGCAGAGAGAGGUGUAGAUACUGUAUAUACACACACAUCCCUGCAGAGAGGUGUAGAUACUGUAUAUACACACACAUCCCUGCAGAGAGGUGUAGAUACUGUAUAUACACACACAUUCCUGCAGAGAGGUGUAGAUACUGUAUAUACACACACAUCCCUGCAGACAGAGGUGUAGAUACUGUAUAUACACACACAUCCCUGCAGACAGAGGUGUAGAUACUGUAUAUACACACACAUCCCUGCAGAGAGAGGUGUAGAUACUGUAUAUACACACACAUCCCUGCAGAGAGGUGUAGAUACUGUAUAUACACACACAUCCCUGCAGAGAGGUGUAGAUACUGUAUAUACACACACAUUCCUGCAGAGAGAGGUGUAGAUACUAUAUAUACACACAACACACGCGCCUGCUUGAAACGUGUGUCAGCUGGACUAAUGUUUUUUUUAGUGUGGCCUAUUUAAUGUUAUUUGCAGUUUCUACUUGUGAGAUGUACGGUAUACAAUAUUUUCAAACUAGCUGGAAUGAGCCCACAUCCUUUUGAACACCAGAGGGCAGUAUUGUAAUUUUCUUUUUCUUCAGAGUUUCCAGAUCAAUUCCCUUUUGGUUAUCCUCAGUAAGUAUUAAUGUUUUUUUGGCUAGUUUCUGUGGAACAACUCAGCCUGUAAAGUGAUCAUUGACUGUCUCUGAUCUCUGACUAAUGAGGGAUUUUAAUGUUUAUUAAUAUCAAUCAGAUUGCUAAACCCAAUUCUCAGUCAAACACUAAUGGACUUUUUUAGAUGCUGACAAUGAGUCUCCUUAGGACAUUAAGCAACAUGCUCCACUUCCACUGAAAAAUACAGAAAUAGAUUGAUGAUGCCUGGUGUAUUAAAUUAAUGGACACUGGCUGGAUUAAGUGGGUAAGAAACAGUAUUUCACAAUGCAGUUAAUAUAAGUAUGUAACAGAGCGGAGGCCAAGAACGAACUGGCGACCCCGCACAGUGCAAGACAGCAUCUUCACCGCUAUGUAAAAGAGCCAGGCUUGUCUGUAUUCACUGACAGGAGACAAAAUCGCUAACGGCAGUGCACACAACAGUGACUGUUACAUAUGCAAUACUGCGGGCCCUUCACUGGUCAGAUAGCGGAAUAAUGAGGGAGUGCUUUAUAGGCUUGCUCAUUUCCAGGGGCUUACAAAAUGCUGCAAUACAAUACGAGUACUUAUUUGACUGGGAUUCUUCAUCAGAACGCCCUAUUAUUUUUACAGCAGGUCUCGCCACUUUCAGUUUGAGUCGUUUCUGACCAGCUGAGCUGAGGACUUGCUGUGAUUGAGUGGGGUGUGGAUAUUAGGAUCCAAUGUCAACAAUAGGAAAGUGUUGGGUAUGAUAAAACCCACUAACCCACUGGGUGCUCCAGGAUAAAAAAAUGGUUAAAAUCCCACAUUUGUACCAUCUUAAUCUGAAACUUGACAGAUCUUUGGAAAGCAGUUGAGUCAAUGGAACCUCUUCAGAAAUGAGUGCGAAUUUCCUGCUCCGAGUGCUUUAUUCACAAACGGCCUCGUGAGCAGGAAGCCAGGGUUUUACAGGUGUCUGAGAUAAUUGCCUGUGCAGCUGGCGCUCAUCACUGGAACAGUUAACCACUUAAUGCUUGGCCUGCUUUGAUGAAGGCUUUAAUGACUUGCCAUAUGCGCUAAAUGCGCAUUUAAUGAUAAUCAAAUGCGGGUUACUUUAUUGCAGGCAGGGAUGCUUAUGUUAAACUAAUACUGUUUGAAAAUAUGUUUAAAUGGUACACAAAGAAAUAGGAAACCAGAAUUAUAUUAAGCUAAACUCAAAGAAGCAGAAUGCACUGGACUAAGGUUGGCCAUGCUCCGGUUCUGGAGCCCUGCAGCCAGUUCCGGACGCGGAGCUGGAGCCAGAGCUCAAGUUCCGGAGCAGCUCCACUAUUUCCUGCCUUUCACAUUUUAAAAAAUCCUUCCUGAAUUAUUCAGUUUAAACAUUUGAAUGAACAAAAUAAAUAAGUAUAUAAAAUAACAAUGUAAAUUCAGAAGUACUUUAAUAAACAUAAUAUUUCUAUUGAUUUAAGGGGUCGUCCCAAAUUACCAACUUGAAUCAUGUAUUCCGGUAUAUGCAGCCAUAAUCACAUAGCUAUUUACUACUGACUUUAUUGUAUUUCAGAACUGCUCUUAUCUGUAAUAUGAGAUUUGAUAAUGUGAUAUUUUGUAACAACUGUAAGUUGCCCUGGAUAAGGGUGUCUGCUAAGAAAUAAAUAAUAAUAGCAAGAGGACAUAAGAGAUUAUUCAAAUGCAAUUCAAAAUGUACAUAGAAGGCUUGGAUUGAAUAUUCAAAUAUAAGCUUGUUGAAUAUUGGUACAAAUAAAGGCAGGUAUCAUGUUCACAAUGUAGUUUGUAACAGACAGACCGUUUGUUGAAAAUAAAGAAAGGAAUCGGCUGGAUUUGAACCCAGUCCUGUGAGGAGGAAUAGUACAUAGCUAAUGAAUUAGACCAUUGUGCCAUGUCACUUCUAUUGAAGAGCUUGCUUUUUCAUUGAUUUUAAGGUACAUUAACCAAGUCUUUGAAAGAAUCAGCUGGAUUUGAAGCCAGUCCCCAAAGAGGGACAGCACAGCAUUUCAAUGAAUUAUCACACUUGCACAAAGAGUAAAGCUGGCUCCCCUGCUGCGUGAAACACAUUAUUACAUUUUGUGAUGUGGACCUGGUGAUAAGUUGUGAUUCUCAACUCGGUUUCAUUUGUGACUUGAACUGGAUUCAAAGCCAAACCUUAUAGGCUUGUAAGGUAAAUUAAAACAAUAUUUUUGAAAACGAGGCACUUGUGCCUCAUGUUAGAUUUGAACCGAUUACCCUGGGAAUCCGAGUCCAAUGUUCUGCCAAGCAGAGAACAGCUUAACAGCCAUAUAAAAUGUCAACUAGUACUUGAAUUAAUUCUUUGUACAAUAUGUAGGGGCAGGUUGAGGCGAGCCAGAGCACAUCCAACCAUAUACUGGAUUUGCUAGCAAUAAUUAUAAAGCACGCUUUUGACUAUCUGCUUUUAACACCAAUCAGCCAUAACUAGAUGAUGUUUAUAGUACAUUGAGCUAACAGAAUUAUUUCAGUAAAUCUUAUGUAUUUCUAAGCUAUUAAUGAAAACAAAACAUCAGAUUUCACAUAUGUCAAGGCUGCACUUCAGGUUUGUCCCCACAAUCUACUUCAAGAGGUCACAUGAAAAAUGCAUGAAGGAGAAUGCAAAAGUUUUACACAAUAUCCCAUAAACCUCAUGGCUUGAAUAUCCCUUCCCAGUACUGUUA